AGACCUGAGCCAGUGUCUGAGGAAGUCUCCGUGGAUGUGACCUUUGCCCCCACACUUCUUUCAGAGCUGACAAAUCAAGAAGUUAAUGAAGGUGAAACUGUAACACUGCAGAUUACAGCCACAGGAGCUCCCAGACCACAGGCCAAGUGGUUCCGUGAUGAGGUGGAGAUAACUUCUGAUGCCCGCCAUGACAUUACAGACUUUGACACAAACUACACACUGACUAUCAAAGAUGUGACAGAAGAAGAUGAUGCUGAGUAUACAGUAACACUGACCAAUCCUGCAGGCAGUGUAUCUUCUUCAGCUGAGAUUGUGGUCAACCUUGUUGGCACAGCACCAUCUUUUGUAUCAACUCUGAAGGACAUCACAGUGGAAGUCUCCAGGACAGUUGUACUGGAGGCCACAUUCACAGGUGAACCAACACCUGAAGUUACCUGGCUCUUCAACGGUCAGACAGUAACAGACAAGCGGUACAGAAUUGAGAGCAUUGAUAACAUUGUGAGACUGACAAUAGAUGAAGCUGAAUCUGUAGAUGCUGGAGUGUUCACCGUCACACUGACAAACAAACAUGGCACCAUCUCCAGCUCUGCUGAAGUCAGUGUCAGCUUCCAAGCCCCACAGUUUACCCAGCCACUGUCUGACAUCCCCGUCAAGAUCAAGGAUACCGCUGACCUCUACUGUGUGGUCGUGGGCAAACCUCGUCCAGAAGUUCAGUGGCUUGCUGGAGAUGUCCCUGUCAGGGAGGGACCCAAGUAUAAAAUGGUGUACAAGGAUACGGCUGCAUCCCUGAGGAUCUUGAAUAUCACCCAGGAGGAUGCUCAAGUUACCUACACUUGCAGGGCAACCAACAUUGCAGGAGAGGCAACUACCCAUGCCAGACUUCUGCCACAAGCUCCGGCUCGUAUUCUGACAAAACCACAGCCUGUGGCUGUGCUGGAAGGUGAAACCAUCCAACUGGUGGUCACUAUUGAAGGUUUCCCACAGCCCCAAGUUGAGUGGUCUGUCAAUGGACACAUCCUGGCAACUGAUGACCGCCACCAGAUCAGCGUUACAUCGGAGACUGUCACCUUGACCAUCCCUGUUUCCCAGGUCACAGACACUGCUAUCUACAUUCUGACUAUCCAAAACGAGACAGGGUCAGACAGCUGCUUUAUUGAUGUCACUGUCACUAUCCCUGAGGUUCCAGCCCCUGAGGUGAAACCCCAAGGGGAAGCCCCAGUGUUUGUACAAAUCAUCAAACCUCAGAUGGUGUCACCUGGGGAAACUGCAGACUUCACGUGCAUAGUGACAGGUGUGCCACAGCCAGAUCUGACAUGGGUCUUCAAUCAUCAAGUACUCAAAGAUGAGGACAGGUAUAUGAUCUUUGAGGAGGAGGGCCAGCAUCACUUGGAGAUCUAUGAGGUGGUCCCAGAAGAUGUGGGACUGUAUACAGUCACUGCUUUCAAUGAGUUUGGACAGACUUCUUGUUCUGCUGAGCUUAUCAUCCGCGAAGUACCCAGUGAAAUAAAACCACAAGAGGCAGCUCCUGUUCAGGAAGCAUUGGAAGAGACCAGGCCACCACAGUUCAUUGAGACAUUUGAGGACACAACUGUCAUGGAGCAGCACACACUGCAGUUGUAUGCUCGAGUCACUGGCAUACCUCGUCCUGAGGUCACAUGGUAUAGAGAUGACAAAGAACUACCUAAGUCACCAAAUGUCAUACUGAAGUAUGAGGAGCAGACUGUCAGACUGAAGAUCUCCUCUAUUAAGAAGGAUCAGGAGGGAGUCUACAAAUGUGUGGCCACAAACCCAGCUGGGUCUGAUGAGUGUGUUGGUCGUGUCACUGUUGAAGGUAUAACAGAGGCUCCUGUAUUCACCCGGCCACUAACAAACAGGGACACUAAAGAAGGACGUCCAGUUAAAUUUGAGUGUGCAGUUACAGGUGUCCCAGAACCAGAGAUUACAUGGUUCAUCAAUGAACAGCUGGUAGAAUCCAGUGCCCAUUUCAACAUCACCAGCCACAAAGGCUUCUCUGAUGUCACUCACACCCUGACCAUUGACAACACACAGGUUGAGGAUGCUGGAACUGUCAAAGCUGUGGCAGUCAAUAAGGCAGGAGAGGCUACUUGUGAAGCCACUCUCAAUGUAGAUGUGAAGAAAGAAGCUCCUAAAUUUACCAAGAAACUGGACACAGUAGAAGCCAUUGAGUUCAGCCCUGCCAAGAUGGAGGUUGUGGUCACUGGUAAACCCAAGCCUCAAGUAACUUGGCUGAAGGGUGAUGAGGAGCUGAAGCCUAGCGAGGACAUCAAGAUAAAAGUUGAUGAUCAGACUCACACGCUGACCUUCACCAAGACCAAACUGACUGAUGCCAGCAUCAUCACAGCUCGGGCUCACAAUCCCGCUGGACAGGUAUCCUGUAAUGCCAGGCUUAAAAUCAUCCCUGCCAAGAAGCCAGCUUUUGUGAGGAAACUCUCAGACUCUUUGGUGCCAGAACAUGGAACAGUGAAGUUUGAAUGCAAAGCUACAGGAGUUCCCAUGCCACAGAUUAAAUGGUAUAUUAACAACAAAGAGAUUGAACCAGAUGAAAACAUCAGUAUUGAAGUGAACCCCAAGGAUGGAACCAGCACACUCGUCAUCAAAGAUGCCACACCUGACCUGGCUGGAGAGGUCAAAGCUCUGGCUGAAAACAUUGGCGGUGAUGUCCUGUGUUCUGCCCAUCUGGACAUCCGAGGAAGGGCACCCACAUUCUUAGAGGUUCCUCUCAAGUGUAGUGUUCUGGAAGGACACACCGCUGAAUUCCGCUGCAUCGUUGAUGGCAUUCCAAAACCAAAAGUGGAAUGGUCCAAGGGAAAAUGGAUGAAGAUACAAGAUGGUGGUCGCUACUGCGUGUUUGUUGAUGAAGCUACAGGAGAACAUGUGCUUCAGAUCAAGGACAUCAAGGACAAAGAUGCUGGGACAUACACUGUGACUGCAAGCAAUGAGCAUGGCUCUGAGCAAGCUCCGGCCACACUGAUGGUCACUGACAAGUUAGAGGAGGUUGCUGACUGGAAAUCUCAGCUUAAACAUAGAGAAAUCGUUCAGGCUGCCCCAGAAGAUGAAGAAUCUCCGUGGCAGGUUGGUCUCAAGCAUGUGGAAGUUGAGGAGCAAAAAUCUCCAUCACCUGAACAGAAACCAAAACCAGAAUCACCAGAAGUUGACAGACUUGAAUACCAUCCGGCUGCAAGACGAGACCGGCCUGAGCUGGAACAUGCAGAGCCUGUGUCAUUUGAAAUCUCACAUAGAGAACAUGAGGACCUGGAGCACUUUGAGAGAAUCAGCAUCCCUCUGACUGCCACCAGCCAGGUGGAGGAGGAGGCCACUCUUGGAUACAUCCGGCCAGUCAAGCCCAAGGAGGUGGAGGAAAUAGAGGAGCAGACUUUCAUAAGGCAGAAAGCCCAGUGGCAAUGGACUGUUCCUCUACAAGAUACUGCAGUCAAAGAGAGAGAGUCUGCCAAGUUUGAGUGCCAGUUUUCAGUGCCCAACGUCAAAGUCGUGUGGAAGGUCAAUGAUAUAGAGGUGGAGACCUGCCCCAAAUUUGCCAUCCAGUCAGAUGCUCACACACAUACCCUGGUGGUCACCAAGUGCAGGCCUACCGAUGCUGGUCCUAUCUCCUGCUCCUUUGGAGAUAUCUCUACUGAAGCCACUCUCACUGUCAAACCUGUGCCUGCAGACUUUACCAUGACCCUAGAAGAUACUAAAGCCCAGGAGAACACAGAUGCUGUUUUCACCUGCACCACAAAUGAUGAUGAACUUCCUGUGCAGUGGCUCAUCAAUGGCAAACCUUUCACACCGUCCAAUAAAUACCUGGUGGACUCGGAUGAGUUCACUCACACGCUGACCAUCCGUGACCUGAAGCCAGAAGAUGAAUGUGAGGUGACUGUCAGGAUUGGAGACAAGUCUUCAUCUGCCAAGUUGGCAGUCCAGAAAGUGGAAGCUGACUUCCUGAUACCACUAAAAGAUCAAACAGCUAAAGAGACUUCCACUGUGGAGUUUGAAUGCACCCUGACAGUACCUGUCACUCCUGACAGAGUCCAAUGGUUUGUGGGAGGCAAGAAGGUGCAGCCUGAUUCUCCACACUUUGAGACUGUUGUGGAUGGGGAUAAGCUGAAGUUGAUCAUCUACACUGUAGAGACAAUUGAUGCUGGAGAAGUGACUGUAGAAGUUGAUGGCAAGAGAUCCAAAGCACAGCUCCAUGUAGAAGAAAUUGAGGUGGAGUUUACAGUCCCACUGAAGGAUCAGGUUGUGCCUGAACAAUCAAACGUGGAGUUUACCUGUGAGCUGAACAUUGACACUGAUGUAGCCUGGUACCUUGAUGAAGACAAGCUGUCGCCCUCACCCAAAGAUGGCAUUGACAUUACAAAAGAGGGCCUGAAGCACAGGCUUAGCAUUGAGGAUGUGUCUGCUGAGGACAAUGGUGUCAUCAAAGUGGUGGCUAAGGGUAAGACAUCACAAGCCCGACUGAUCGUUGAGGAAGUUGGUCCAGAUUUUGCUGUCCCACUCAACGAUGUAUAUGUCACUGAAAAAGCUACUGCCGUCAUGACCUGUGAGCUGACAAAGGAAGUUCCAAAGGUUCGCUGGUUUGUGGAUGACAUUGAGCUGAGAGAGGACGACAGAAUCAAGUUUGUCAAGGAUGGAUUAACCCACAAGUUGAUCAUCUCAGACUGCAGCAUCGAUGAUGAAGGAGUUGUCACAGCUCAAGUGGGUGACAAGAAGACCACUGCCUCCUUGUUUGUUCAAGAACUGGCACCAGAAUUUAUCCGUCCCCUCACAGACCAGAGCAUCACCGAGGGUGAGACUGCCACAUUUGAGUGUGAGCUCAACAUCGAUGGAGCCACCGUCAAGUGGUUCCACGAGGGCUUUGAGGUUAAUGAGGAUGAGAGAUACCAGGUGCUUGUGCAAGGUCGAGUACAUAAAUUGGUGAUCAAGGAUGCGGUCAUGCCUGAUGCUGGAGAAGUCAUUGCCAAGGUCGAGGAUAAGUCAACUCAUGCUUUCCUGACUGUGACAGAAGCACCCGUUGAUUUUACUGCCCAACUGUCUGAAGUCCGCACAGAAGAACACAAGAUGGCACUCUUCUGUUGCGAGGUCAACAGGGAUGAUGUUUCCGUGGAAUGGCAGAAAGACGGGAAACCUUUGAUCGAGAGCAGCAAGCACAUUAUCAAGACUGAAGGCAGGAGACACUCACUGGCCAUCAAGGAUGUUGAUCAGUCAGAUGUGGCUGAGUAUAGUGUGGUGGUGGGUGACAAAAAGAGCCAAGCAAAGCUGCACUUAGAUGAAGUGCCCCUUAGGAUGAGCGUGACUGUUAAGCGGGUCACAUUAGGAAGUGAGGUCAAUGCCGACUUCACCUGCAUGCUGUCAAAGAUUGAUCUGAAGGUGUCAUGGUACAAGGACCAGCAGAAAAUCCAGGCAACUACGAAGCAUGAACUCAUUGAUGAAGGUUGCAUGCAUAAAUUAGUAGUGCAUGACUUGUGCAGUGAGGACUAUGCUGACUACAUGGUGGUGAUUGGGUCCAGACGCAUGACUGGACAACGACUGACAGAAGAAGCACCACUGGAGUUCACCGUCCCCUUGACCGAUCAAACGUGCAAGGAAGGCGAGACUGUCACCUUCACAUGUGAGGUCACCGAGUCAGACCUUCCUGCUAGAUGGCUGAAGAAUGGAAAAGAACUGGUCCUCUCCGACCUGGUGAUUGCUUCCGUGGAAGGGAGGACACACACCCUGACCAUCAAGGACACUCCAGUAGAUGCUGAAGCAGAGUACACCAUACAAAUAAAGGACGCUAAGAGUUCAGCCAAGCUUAGUGUUCAGGAAGUAACUGCAGACUUCACAAUGAAGCUGUCAGAUGCCACAGCCCCAGCCAAGGAAUCUGCAACUUUCACCUGUGAGGUGUCUAAAGAUGAUGCUGAUGUGGAGUGGUUGCAUAAUAAGGACAAGAUUGAACCCAGCGAGAAGUACGAGGUUCGCAAAGAUGGCCGCAAACAUUCACUGACUGUCAAGGAAUUAAACCCAGAAGACAGUGGAGUCUACAUUGCCAGAGUUGGUGACACUGACACCUCAGCCACCCUCACAAUUUCAGAUGUGCCAUUGGAGAUCCUCAAGCCUUUAGUUGAGACUGAGGUCAUUGUAGGUGAACCAGUAACCUUGACCUGCACAGUCAACAAGCCUAAUCUCAAAGCCAAAUGGUACAAAGACAAUGUGGAAGUCAGUCCAUCAGACAGUGUAGUGAUCUCGGUGGACGGACCUGUCCAUUCCUUGAGCCUACCUAAGGCUGAUUUAGAAGAUGAAGCUGAAUACACAAUCAGGCUGGAGGACAAGAGCUCCACUGCUUUGCUUCUUGUCGAAGAGGCUCCUCUGUGCAUUACCCAGCCAAUCUCCGAUAUUGAAUGCUUAGAGGGAGACACUGUCAGCUUUGUGUGUGAGGUCAACAAGGAGAAUGCCCCAGCCAUGUGGCUGAAGGACGGUGUGAUCAUCACAGAGGAGGAUGGCUUCGAGUUCAUCAUGGAUGGCAAAAGACACAUUCUGAAGAUCCCAGAGGUCACCAUUGACCAUGAAGCUGAGUUCACUGUGAAGAUCAAUGGCUGCGAGUCCAAGGCUAAGCUCCGUGUAGAAGAAGUUGCAGCUGAGUUUACUGCCACCCUGAAGGACGUAGAAGGUCGCGAGGGUCAGGAUGUGGAGUUGGAAUGUAUUGUUACCAAGCCAGGAGUCAAGGUUCAGUGGUUGAAAAACCGCAAACCUCUGACCCCAAGUGAUCGCAUCAAGAUAAUCUGUGACCGCUACCGCCACAUUCUGAGAAUCAUGGACACAAUACCAGAAGAUGAGGGCGAGUACACGGCUGUCCUACCCAAUGAUAAGGAAUCUUCUGCCCAGCUGAAAAUUUAUGAAAUCCCACCAUUCUUCACAACCCCACUGGAUGAUCAAGAAAUCCCAGAAAAAGAAAUGGCGAUCUUUGAGUGUCAACUGUCCAAGCGUGACCGGCCAGUCAAAUGGCUUAAAGACGGCAAGGAGCUCACACUGGAUGACCGCAUUCAGGCAAUAACUGAUGGCUUUGUGCAGCAGCUAGUCAUUGAGGAUGCCAGACUGGAAGAUGCAGGGAAAUAUACCUGUGUCAUGUGUGAUGAGCAAACAUCAGCAACACUCAUAGUUGAAGAGUUGCCCAUUGAGAUUCUGAAACCUCUACGUAACACAACCGUCACUGAAGGAGAGAAGCUCGUCCUGGAGGUCGAGCUGUCAAAACCCAAUUACCCGGUCACCUGGAAGAAAGAUGGAGUCUCCUUUGUCCCAGGCGAGAACUCUCGGCUGUCUGUUGAUGGUUGCAUUCACCGGCUAGAGAUUGAUGCUGCUGAUGUAGAUGAUGAAGCUAAUUAUUCUCUCUUUGCUGGGGACAAGAGCUGCAAAGCUCUAGUGCUUAUUGAAGAAUCACCAAUAGAAAUUAUCAGACAUUUGGAGGAUCAGAUGAUUAAAGAGAAAGAGCCUGUGGUCUUCACUUGUGAGCUCUCCAAGCCAGGAGUUAAAAUCAGUUGGCUAAAAGAUGGCUUUAAAGUUUCAGAAGAAGAUGGCUUCAAGGUCAAAGUGGAUGGGAAAGUUCAUACUCUGACCAAAGACUCAGCCACCUUGGAGGAUGCUGGAAAAUACAUGGUGGUGUUUGAAGACAAGAAGUCAUCAGCUACCCUUGGAGUCGAAGCUGUUGCCACAACAAUUGUGCGGCCACUGGCUGAUAUCACAGUCAUUGAAAACCAAAGUCUACACCUGGAGUGUGAAGUCAGCAACCCAGACAAAACUGCCCAAUGGUUUGUUGAUGGCAAGGAGGUCUCUGCCUCUGCCAGAAUCAGGCUGACCUCAGAGGGCAAAGUUCACCGUCUCAUUGUGGAUUCAGUGGAUUUGGAUGAUGAAGGUGUUUAUAAAGUGGAAGUUGAUGGAGCAACAAGUGAAGCUUCUGUCUUUGUUGAAGAAGAGCCUCUAGAAAUUACCAAACAUCUUCACAACAUGGAGGUCACUGAAGGUGACACAGUUGAGUUUGUCUGUGAGGUGUCUAAAGUAGAUGCCAAGGCCACCUGGAAGUUUAAUAACAAAACCAUCACAGAGAAAGGUGGCUAUGACAUCUCUGUCAGUGGAAAAAUGCACAGUCUCAAACUACAGGAUGUGGAACUGCAGGAUGCUGGGAAGUAUACAGUCAGUUUUGAAGAUAAGGAGAGCUCAGCUGAUCUGAAAGUUUUAGAACUGCCUGUUGAAUUCACCAAACCAUUGAAGGACAUUGAAGUCCUGGAGAACCAACCACUGACCCUGACAUGUGAGGUCAACAAGCCUGACCUAGAAGCCACCUGGCAGAAGGAUGGUAAGAACAUUGAUGCCUCUGACCGUGUCCAGAUUCUCAGAGAUGGUCGAACACAUACUCUGAAGAUUGAGAAGGCCGUUGUUGCAGAUGACGCAGUGUAUAAGUGCACUGUGAGAAACAGAAAGACCUCGGCUAAGGUCACUGUCAAAGAAGAACCACUGGAAUUUACGAAGCCCUUGGCCAGCAUUGAGGUCACAGAAGGUCAGAGUAUCUUCCUGGAGUGUACAGUUUCUAAACCAGAUCUGACCUCAACAUGGUACAAGAAUGGACUAAAGGUGACCGCUUCAGAGACCAUCACCCUGAGCUCAGAGGGCAGUAACCACAGUCUGGUCAUUGAGCGAGCUCAGUUGACUGACCAGGCUGAGUACACCGUCAAGGUUAAUGGCAAGAGCUGUAAAGCUGAAGUUAAGGUCAUAGAAACAGAAUUAGAGUUCAUUCGUGUCCUUGAAGAUAUCACCAUCACUGAAAUUCCAAAAACCUUGACUUUUGAGUGUGAGGUGUCCAAAGUGAAUGUUCCAGCCAAGUGGUACCACAAUGACAGCGUCAUCACAGCCAGCGACAAACAUGAAAUCUUUGGCAAGGGUGUCAUCCACCGAUUGACCAUCAAUGAUGCAGACGGCAAAGAUGAAGGAGUCUACAGGAUUGAAGUGAAGAACAAGAAGUCGGAGGCUAAACUUGUAGUUGAAGUACCACCAAAGAUCUUUGUUGACAAGAAAUACCAGGAAACUGUGAUUCUCCACGCUGGCCAGUCCACGGCAUUUGAGAUCCCCUUCACUGGCAAUCCCCAGCCAAAAGUCACCUGGACUUUCAAGGAAGGACCACUCCCAGAUGCCAAACGUAUGGAGGCGGAGACCAUCUACAACAUGACAACCGUACGACUGGGUCAUGUCGUCCGAACGGACAGUGGCAACUACACGGUGAAACUUGAGAACACCAAUGGCAUUGCAGAGAUUACAAUAAACUUGCUGGUUCUGGACAAACCAUCAGUUCCCAGAGAUGUCUCUGUCACUGACAUCACAGCACAAACUGCCACACUGACAUGGCAACCACCAGAGGAUGAUGGAGGCAAACCAGUCAAAACUUAUGUCCUGGAGAAACGAGAUGCCAGCCGACAGACUUGGAAUGCUCUUGCAGAAGUGGAUGCAUCUCCAUAUCACAUCACAGGAUUGGUGGAAGGAAAACAGUAUAUAUUCAGAGUCUGUGCUAAGAAUGAAGUUGGUUCCAGCAAGUUUGCUGAAUCAGAAACUAUCACAGCUAAAAAUCCUUUUGAUGUUCCAGAUGCACCAGCGGCUCCGAUCAUCACAGAAAUUUUCAAGGACAGUGCCUUGGUCACCUGGCAGCCACCAGCUAAAGAUAAUGGGUCACCGGUAACUGGCUACACUUUGGAGCGAAUGUCCAGCUUCUCACCACGAUGGGUUGUGGUCAACAAGCAGCCGGUGCCACAGACUGAACUCCGAGUCACUGAUCUUGUGGAGGACAACUCCUACCAGUUCCGAGUCAUUGCUAUCAAUGCUGCUGGACCCAGCAGUCCUAGUGAGCCUUCACCUUCAGUCAAGGCCAAAGAUCCUUGGACUGUUCCAGGCCGGCCAGGCACACCUGAAGUGACUGGCACAGACAAGAGUUCUGUAGCUCUUAAAUGGACUGCUCCAGAAUCUGAUGGUGGUGCCCCCAUAACCAACUACAUUGUGGAGUUCCGUCCCGAAGGCACAACUCAGUGGAGACGUGCAAAUGAGACUGUGACGGUGCCAGACACCACAUUCAGUGUCACUGGCUUGAAGGAAAAUAAAGACUAUGAGUUCAGAGUCAGUGCAGAGAACAAAGCUGGAGUAGGAGAGGCAUCCAAGCCAACACAGCCUGUGAAAGUACUGGAGCCUACACUGGGUGUGGCUCCAGUCCUCUUGGAACCCCUGCAGGACAUUGCUGUUGUGUCCCCCAAUGACGCCAUCUUGGAGUGUGACAUUGAUGUGGGUGAACCCGAAGCUGAUAUAAAAUGGUAUCGUGGCAAGAAAGAGAUCAGAAAGAGUGCAAAAUAUGAAAUGAGCUAUGAAGAUGAAGUUGCCUCCCUGGUCAUUCACAAGACAGAACCCCAAGAUGCAGAUGUAUACCGCUGUGAAGCUUCAAACCCUCUUGGGAAAGUUCAAACAGAGGGGACACUCUCCAUUCAUACCAUGCCUGUCUUAGAGUAUGACAAUCGCUUCAGGAGUGCCCAGGCUGUCAAGGCAGGAUCCACAAUAUCUCUCAAGGUGGAUGUCAGUGGCAUCCCAUCACCUUCCAUUUCAUGGCGACUCAAUGGCCAAGCCCUGGAGAAGUCAGAUCGCUUGUCCAUAGAAACAACCCCAGACUACAGCACCUUGUCCAUCAAGAAUGCUAUGAUUGAAGACACUGGUGUUUAUACAAUUGUUGCUGAAAACGUGGUUGGAAAAGCUGUUGCUGACUUUGAAAUCAAUGUUAAAGACAAGCCAGGAAAACCAGAAAAUUUACGAGUGUUGGAAAUCAUGAAAGACAGCAUCGCUAUUGCCUGGGAGCCACCAAGCAACCUGGGAGGAUGUGUACUCAAAGGAUAUGUCAUUGAAAAGAGAGAGGCCAAGAGAAACACCUGGGCACCAGUUCAGUUAGUGGAUGCCACAACAACAACAUUCUCUGUGCAGAAACUACUGGAAGGCAAGGAGUAUUACUUCCGUGUGGCCGCAGAAAAUGAGUUUGGUGUGGGAGAAGCUGCUGAACUCUUGGAUGGUAUUGUUGCCAAGAGUCCAUUCGAUGCCCCUGAUGCUCCAAAGAAGCUCACAGCAACUGAUAUCACCCGCUCCUCAAUCACCCUGGCGUGGGAGCCUCCUGAAAGCGAUGGAGGAGCAGCCAUCACAGGCUAUGCACUAGAGCGCAAGAGUCCGACUAGCUCCCGCUGGGUUCGUGUCAACAAGAGCCCCAUUCGGGACACAGUCUACACUGUCAAUGACCUGGAAGAGGGUGGGGAGUAUGAGUUUCGGGUGAUGGCCGAGAACCCAGUUGGCAUCAGUAAACCUUCUGCCAGUACAGGAAUUAUCACAGCCAAAGAUCCUUAUGACAAACCCACAGCCCCGAAACAACCAGAAGCAGUUGACACCACACGCUCUUCUGUCACUUUGAAGUGGAUUCCUCCCAGCAAAGAUGGAGGUGAUGCCAUCUUUAACUAUGCUAUUGAGUACCGCCCUGUGGGCUGUGCCAGGUGGUUGCCGGCAAAUGCAGACGUCAAAGUCCCAGAAACCAGCUUUGUUGUGAAGGAUCUCACUGAGGGCAUGGAAUAUGAGUUCAGAGUUGCAGCUGAGAACAAGGCCGGUGUUGGACCGAUGUCACUACCGUCAGUGCCCAUUUCUGUCCGAGAAGCUGUCACUGGAGAAGCUCCCACAGUUCUGGAAGGCCUGCCUGAUGUUGCAGUAGUGGAAGGAGACACAGCUAUUCUGGGUUGCAAGAUCAGUGGCCAACCCAUGCCUACCAUCAAAUGGUUAAAAGACCAGCGAGAGGUUGUAGCAGACAAACGCCAUGAGAUGGUCUACCAAGACUUUGUGGCAUCCUUGGUCAUCAAGGAUGUCCAGGACAAAGAUGCUGGUAGUUACACCUGUGAAGCCAGCAAUGAUCUCGGCACAGUCAAUACAUCUGGAGUUCUGGAAAUUCAAGCAUCACCCACUUUGGACUUUGACAAUAAAUUCAGAGACAUUAUCUCAAUGCAUGUGGGAGCAACACUGAAGGUACCAGUCCGUGUGGGUGGUAUUCCCACGCCGCGGGUGACCUGGCUGAGGGAAAGUCAGAAACUGAACACCGGUGGAAAAAUCACAGUGGAUAUCCAGGAGAAGAGCACCACUCUGACAGUGAAGAAAAUCACUAAGGAUGAUGAUGGUUUAUACACUCUUGUAGCUGAGAAUGAAGUGGGAGAAGCUACAGCCAAAUUUGAUGUGGAAAUUUUGGAUAAGCCCUCUCCACCGCAAGGUCCCAUUGUGGUCUCUGAAAUCACCCAGGACAGUGCCAUACUGACAUGGAAGCCACCCAAAGAUGAUGGUGGCUGUGACAUCACUGCUUACAUAAUUGAACAAAAAGAUGCCAAGCGGGCAACCUGGACCAAGCUGGCUACUGUAGAUGGAGUCACCCUCAGCUACCAGGCAACCAACUUGCAAAUUGGCAACUCAUACCAUUUCCGUGUCACUGCUGAGAAUGAGGUUGGCCAGUCUGAACCUCUUGAGACUAGUGCAGCUGUAAUCCCCAAGAGUCAGUUUG